AUGGCUCUUCUGUCUAGCGCCCUUAACAUCUUUGGCGCUGUGUUAUUGGCACAUGCUGUCUACAGUGCCCAUGAACACUCAACCCUAGCCACACUCGCCGGCCAUCCUGCCGCAGCUCCGGCUCACUCGUACAUAAUCCCAACAAUCCAUCUGCCGCUAGACAUCACACUCGAGACAUUGGUCGCCGUUCUGCUGCUCUGCGUCGGCAUCGUCAUAGGCAGCCCGGAGUUGAAGCCCAUCCAAUGGCGCGUCUGGGCUGGCAAGCUGGAGAAGGACAAGGCUUCAAAGACUGAGACCAUUAAUGGAGAUCCAUUGGGUCCUAGGGGAAACCCCUACGCCGCACUGGAGCAGAGACAGGGCUUCCUCGACAUCAGAAGCCAGCGCACCGAGUUUGCCGAAUGGGUCAAGAGUGGCAGCAGCAAGAAGUGA